UCCUAGAGCGGACUCCCACUCGGCCUUUGUAGCUCCUCCAGCGCAGCUCUAUGGACGUUGGAGGACCUAGAGAUGCCCAGAGAGGCGUCCUCUCGGGUAGAAACGUGCUGCAGCAGCCCUUCCCCUUCCCGGUUGUGAGCGCGGGGGCCGACGGGAGUCGUAGUCCGGAGCCCCUCCGGCGCGCGGUGCCUGACGGGAGCUGUAGUCUCCGCAAGCCCUUCCUCCUCUGUCUUCCUGAGGGCCCCAUGGCAGCAGCAGCAGCAGCGGCGGCGGCAGGAGGCUCCUCUGUGCGGGCGGCGAGGCAUUGCCUCAGCCCCCUGCUCCGGCUCAAGCCCCGCUGCCACAGAGGUUUUCUGUCUGCCUUCAGCACUGCUGCACAGCAGAGGAGCACAGGGGAUGACUGUGGCCCAGAAGAACCUAAUGAUGAACCAAGACACCUCUUGAAUGAAAACAGUUUAGAACACAAAGCUAUCAAACUAGAAGAACAAGUUCGUAUCUUAACAAAACAAUAUCAGAAAGCAAUAACAGAUUCUGAAAAUGUCAGGCGGAGAACACAAAAGUUUGUAGAGGAUGCUAAGAUUUUUGGCAUCCAGAGUUUCUGCAGAGACCUGGUAGAGGUAGCAGAUAUCCUAGAGAAGACAACUGAGUGUGCUGAGUCUGAACAGAAUGACCCAACUCUGACUCUGAAGAAGAUCUAUGAAGGCUUGUCUCUUAUAGAGUCCAAACUGCAAAAUAUAUUUGCUAAGCAUGGCCUGCAAAAAAUGAAUCCAAUUGGUGGCAAAUAUGAUCCAUAUGAUCAUGAAAUAGUGUGUCAUAUCCCAGCAGAGAAAAUGCAACCGGGCACUGUGGCAUUAGUGACUCUGGAUGGCUAUAAACUCCAUGGCCGUACUAUUAGACAUGCACACGUGGGUGUGGCAGUAGAAGCACAUGAAUGAGUUAGACUUGACAGGUAGCAGAUCUGUCCACAUGACUAUUGCUGCUAUGGCAUGUCCUCUCAUUAUUUAUUAAGCUAAGUUUGUAUUAUAUGUUGGUCUCAGGAUGGAUGCCUUAACCUGGGCUUUAUUUCCAAGAUGUACAGUUAUUUAAUGUCACAUUUCCUAUGUUAUAAAUAUUUUUUCAGAUGUUUCUAAAAUGUAAUUAAUCUCACCUUUUCUGUUGUCAUUCUCAGGUCUGCAUUAAAUUCUGCAAUGGGUUUGAGAGUGGAAAGGAUUCUAGGACAUCAUUAUUCAUUAUAAUAUUAGGGGUUGUAUCCCCUGGACUGUCAAGUAGCAGAACAUACAACACUAGUAGAAU